AUGGAGCAAUCAGUAUCUUCAAAACUACAAGAUGAGGUAUAUUUGACGAACCAUUCCCGGAUAAUCAGUGAUUCUAAACUGUUCCUGGGGCUUACAGUUGCCGGUUUUUCGCUUUCUUUAAUAACAACAGUGGGAAACACGGUCUUGCUGGUGACAACAUUUAAGGAAAGCCGUCGCUUACUCGAUAAACCUGCGCAUAUGCUCAUCACAAAUCUCUGUGUUUCUGAUCUUGUUAUUGGAUUGCUAGCAGGGAAUCUCGCUUCAGUAUUAGCUCUAUACCACUACCAGAGUUGGCUGAUUCCUGCCAAACUAGAUCUUGUUGUUCGAUUUGUUCUGAUUUUUUUGUUGUUCGUAAGAAGUGGGACAAUAGUAACGUUGUCGUUUGAUCGCUACUUUGUCGUAGCACACACUUUUAAAUACACAUGGAUGAUUACAAAGUCGAAAUACAAGAUUGCUAUCGCCUUCAUGUGGGCAGUCGGCUUUAUUUUAUCCUCUCUUCAGUUGACAAGCAUUCCAGAAAAAAUUGUCAUAAUUCUCUACACUCACACUCACGUUUCGGUUCCUGCAGUAUUGCUAACAGUCAUUUACUUUAACGUUUCCCGUGUCCUAAUGAAGAGAAAACGACACUUACGAAACGUCGGGAUGACAAAUAAGCAAGUUUGGGAUAACCAAAGACGCAUGGCAGUGACAACUUUUUUGGUAUUGACUUUGUUUUACGGCACUGUGUUACCCGAGUUUAUAGUUGUUCAUCUUCGCUACUUCUGCCAGCCAUGUGCGCAGUCCUCAACAUUUAAGAAGCUGGAAGUCAUAUUUGCAGGACUUCUCUUUCUAACGUCUGCGGCGAAUCCCUUUGUCUACGCUUGGAGGGUAUCAAAGUACCGUCGGGCAUUUAAAGCGUGUUUUGCCUCUCACCUGCAGAGAAUAGCACUGAGACCAAACCCAUGGCAAUAUAACAACCGUGUUACAACGGGAACAACUGUCCAGGCCAUUAGUUUAAAAACAUUUCAGCGAAAUUGA